GUGGGUAUUUACCUGUAGUAAACUGCGACCCACUUCCUGCUAUUUCCUCUCCACCUACCUUACCACUGAAGAAAAAUAGUCGAAAAAAGAAAACAGGUAAAACGGCAUCUACUGAGACGAAAACAGAGGUGAUUUCACAGCGCAAUGCUAAUAGCACAGAUAAUACUGAUAUUUUGUCUAAAAUGGGAUCUGAACUUGAAGAU